AUGCAGUCCUCCCCAAACAUGCUCACUAAGUUUGAGUCCAAAUCGUCCAGAGCCAAGGGAAUCGCCUUCCACCCUACACGGCCAUGGAUCCUUGUUUCGCUUCACUCCUCCACCAUCCAGCUUUGGGAUUAUCGUAUGGGAACCCUCAUUGACCGAUUCGAAGAACACGAUGGCCCCGUCCGCGGCGUUGAUUUCCACCCUACUCAGCCCCUGUUUGUGUCCGGAGGUGAUGACUACAAGAUCAAGGUCUGGAACUACCAGACACGCAGGUGUCUGUUCACAUUAAAUGGUCAUUUGGACUAUGUGCGCACUGUCUAUUUCCACCCAGAGCUCCCUUGGAUUCUGUCUGCCUCCGAUGAUCAGACGAUCCGAAUCUGGAAUUGGCAGAACCGAUCUUUGAUCUGCACGAUGACCGGUCACAACCACUAUGUUAUGUGCGCCCAAUUCCACCCCACAGAGGACUUGAUUGCCUCAGCCUCGCUCGACCAGUCCGUCCGCAUCUGGGACAUCUCCGGCCUGCGGAAGAAGCAUUCAGCCCCAACCUCGGUUUCCUUCGAAGACCAGAUGGCACGAGCCAAUCCCAACCAAGCAGAUAUGUUCGGAAACACAGACGCUAUUGUGAAAUUCGUUUUGGAGGGCCACGAUCGGGGUGUCAACUGGGUGUCCUUCCACCCAACAUUGCCAUUGAUUGUCUCAGCUGGCGAUGAUCGCUUGAUCAAGCUUUGGCGCAUGAGCGAAACCAAGGCUUGGGAGGUCGAUACCUGCCGCGGCCAUUUCCAGAACGCCUCCGCCGCCCUCUUCCACCCUCACCAAGACCUCAUUCUCUCCGCCGGCGAGGACAAGACCAUUCGUGUAUGGGAUCUCAAUAAGCGAACCUCAGUGCAAUCUUUCAAGAGGGAUGUGGACCGAUUCUGGGUGAUUGCUGCCCACCCCAAGAUCAACCUGUUUGCUGCUGGUCACGAUACUGGUGUCAUGGUCUUCAAGCUGGAGCGCGAGCGACCGGCUUCCGCUGUUCACCAGAACCAGCUUUUCUACAUUACAAAGGAGAAGCAUGUUAAGUCAUACGACUUUGCCAAGAAUGUCGAGUCUCCUCCUAUGCUCUCAUUGCGCAAGCUUGGUUCCCCAUGGGUUCCCCCACGAACCGUCUCCUACAACCCCGCCGAGCGUGCUAUUCUUGUCACAUCCCCCGCCGACAGUGGAACCUACGAGUUGAUUCACCUUCCCCGCGAUGCGACCGGUGCAGUCGAACCCACCGAUGUUAAGCGUGGCCAGGCCACAUCUGCCGUCUUUGUUGCCCGAAACCGCUUCGCCGUCUUCAACCCUGCGACCCAACAGGUUGAUAUCAAGGACCUGAGCAACUCCACCACCAAGACAAUUAAGCCCCCUGCUGGUACAACUGACAUCUACUUCGGCGGCACUGGUUGCCUUCUGUUCAUCACCCCCACAACUGUUGCUCUCUUUGAUAUCCAGCAGAAGAAACAACUUGCCGAGGUUACUGUUAGCGGCGUGAAAUAUGUUGUUUGGUCAAAUGAUGGUCUCUACUGUGCUCUGCUCAGCAAGCACAAUGUUACUAUUGUCACCAAGACUUUGGAACAAGUUAGCACCUUGCAUGAGACCAUUCGCAUCAAGAGCGCCACCUGGGAUGAUACCGGUGUCCUCAUCUAUUCCACCUUGAACCACGUCAAGUAUUCUUUGCUGAACGGUGACAAUGGAAUCAUUCGCACCCUGGACCAGACCGUGUACCUUGUGCGUGUCAAGGGCCGCAACGUUUACUGCCUCGACCGAAACGCGUCGCCUCGGGUUCUUGAGAUUGACCCUACUGAGUACCGCUUCAAGCUUGCUUUGGUUAAGCGCAACUACGACGAAAUGCUGCAAAUUAUUAAGAACUCAAGCUUAGUUGGUCAGAGCAUUAUUUCUUACCUCCAGAAGAAGGGUUACCCAGAGAUCGCUCUUCAGUUCGUUCAAGACCCGCAAACGAGAUUCGACUUGGCUCUCGAGUGUGGUAACUUGGAAGUGGCUAUUGAGAUGGCUCGCGAGCUGGACCGUCCCAACUUCUGGAACCGCCUUGGAGCUGAAGCUUUGGCCCAUGGUAACCACCAAACUGUCGAGAUGACCUACCAGAAGCAACGCAACUUCGAUAAGCUCUCUUUCUUGUAUCUGGCUACCGGUGAUCAAGAGAAGCUCGCCCGUAUGGCGAAGAUCGCCGAGCACCGUGGCGACUUCACUUCUCGCUUCCAGAACGCCAUCUACCGGGGAGACGUCGAAGACAGAAUCCAGAUGUUCAAGGAGGUUGAUCAAUAUCCUCUGGCGUAUCUCACUGCCAAGUCCAAUGGUUUGACCGAAGAAGCUGAGUCUAUUCUGGAAGCUUGUGGCCUUACAGAAGACCAGAUCACUCUCCCCACCGUUGAACAACCCCUGAAGACAGCCCUCCCUAUCGUUCCAACAUUCAAGUCCAAGUGGCCUGUCAAGGCUGCGGGUCACUCCUCAUUCGAGAAGGCCCUGCUUGGAGAGGUCGGUGCUGCUGAUGAGGAAGAUGCCGGCGAUGCCUUCGAGUUCGAUGACGCCGAGCCAGAGGCUGCUCUUGCUCAGGAUACUUUGGGUGACGAGGAGGAAGAUGCUUCUGGAUGGGAUAUGGGUGAUGAUGUUAAUGUCGAGGAGGAUGUCGAGUUCGUCAAUGUUGAAAGUGCCGAGGCUGGCGCUGGCAGCUCAGAGGCCGAUUUGUGGGCCCGCAACUCCCCGCUGGCGGCUGACCAUGUUGCGGCUGGCUCUUUCGACACUGCCAUGCAGCUUCUCAACCGACAGGUCGGUGCUGUGCAGUUUGCACCUCUGAAGAGCCGAUUCCUCGAAGUUUUCAAGGCAUCUAAAACCUAUCUCCCUGCCACCGCUGGAUUGCCACCUCUUGUCAACUACGUGCGGAGGACAACCGAGGAGACAGACAGCCGCAAGGUUCUGCCCAUCAUUCCCCGGGAUCUGGAGACCAUUGCUGGCGCUGAGCUCCAAGAAGGUUACGCUGCCAUGCGGGCCAACAAGCUGGAAGAGGGUGUGAGGAUCUUCAAGGGUAUCUUGCACGGCCUCCUCGUCAACACUGUUUCUUCCGAAGCCGAGGUUGAACAGGCCAAGAAGGUUAUCGAGACUGCCCGCGAGUACAUUCUCGCCAUGUCUAUCGAACUUGAGCGUCGCGGCGUCUCUACCGACUCGGAGGAGGGUCUCAAGCGAAGCCUCGAGCUGUCCGCCUACUUCACCAUCCCCAAGCUGGAAGUGGCUCACCGUCAACUCGCCUUGAUGGCUGCCAUGAAGUUCUCCUUCGCCAACAAGAACUACAACUCCGCCCUGGGAUUCGCUAACCGCAUGCUGGCCAAUGGUGGAGCUGCCAAGCUUCUCGAGCAGGCCCGUAAGAUCAAGGCCCAGUGUGAACGCAACCCAUCAGACGCGAUUGAUAUCGAGUUUGACCAAUUCGCUGAAUUCGACAUCUGCGCCGCUUCCUACACCCCCAUCUUCAGUGGAUCCCCCAACGUGGCUGACCUGUUCACUGGCGCCAAGUACCACCCACAAUACAAGGGCAGCGUCUGCCGGAUAUCCGAUAUUACUGAGAUCGGUGCCCCGGCUAGCGGCCUUCGCUUGUUCGUCCCUGGGCAAUACUAA